AUGAAAAACUGCAAGUAUUCAAAAAGUCAAGAAACCCAAUUUUACCAUAGAGUACUAAAUACAAUAGCAGCGAGGCUACACAUAAAAUCCAAAAAAAAUAAAAAUACUUCGAAAAAGAAAUCAAGUUCAAAGCAACAACCACAAUAUCAAAAUCCUUUUUUGAAAUUCAUAUCGGUCAAAAAAACCACCGAGAAAGAAAAAGGUAACUACAAAGAUGAUGAUGAUCAGAAAACUUUAAUUCCAUCUACACCAACAACUCCACGAACUACGAAAUCCUCAUCAAGACGCUCGAGACACACAUCUCAUCUACUUCCUUCCUUAGAGACCUUUGAACUAUUUUACGCUGGCUACCCGAAACAUUCUUUAAUAAUGGAAUCCGCUUCGAUAAUAGGUCGCAUAGAGAAUGGCUGUUUGGUCACUGAAUGGGAAAAAAAUUUACUACGUACUAAAUUAGGAACAGCGAUAUUGAAGAGAUGUUCGCCGGGUACUGCCGAGUUUUUAAGCUGGCAGGUGUUCUUGGAUCUAUGGAAAAGGAUUCCAGAAAACUAA